AUGGGCGUAACCUCGAUUAUUCAAAUUGCAGCGGCAGCACCGUACGCAUGGAAGAAAUGGAGGGGCUCAAAGAAGGAGGACGGCGAGAAUGUGCACUACGAAGGGAUACCGUACGAUCCUGACUGGAAUGGACCAAGAAGACCUUUAUUGCUCAACCCCACCAGCACUAGCCCAACUACGAGUCACCACAAUAGCUAUUACGGCGCAACGAGCGACGCCGGGAGACCGGUGUACAGCAGCCCCGAACGUAUACGAGGAGAGAGCGCUGCCCGGUAUCUGCAGCAGGUGCCGGAAGGGGAAGAGGACGACGAGGAUAACUCCAGCGAGCAAAAUGCUGAAAUUGAGGAGGAACUGGAGGAACAAGGGUUCUACAGAGGCUCCUACUCGCGGCUUCUGCUGAUCUACACUCUGGUUCCUUUGACUACUCUCCUGGUGUGGAUAUCAUUCGCUAUUCUCCCCUCGGUCGCAUACUCGACAAGACAUCCCUCAACCAUCUACCCAUACCUCCCCUAUUUCCCCUUCCCGCUCCCAGAACUCCUUACCGCCUUCGCUUUCUGGUGUCUGGCGUACCUCUCUCGUCCGCCCAUAUUCACUAUCGUAUCUUUUGCCUCCACAUUUACAACUCCAGCCUCGUCUUCAAGCCUGCUACCAACAGCGCUCUCCACAUUCCUACACACCGUGGUCAGUCUGAUUCUAUGCAUAGCAUCGCUCGCCAUUCUGCAGAUUCCCCUGCACCAUGCGCACGGGCACCCCACUUAUUGCGAUCCCGCGUUUGUACGAGUGUGGUUCUUGGCACUGGGCUGGGCUCUCGCGGAAGGUUUGACGGCGGUAUGGCAAGGAUAUGGUGCCUUGGCUGCCUACAAGGACGUUAUGGUGGCGGUGAACGCCGAGGAUGAUAGGGAGGCCAGCCCCAUUCGUACACCCAGCAGUGGGAAUGGGAAGGCACCACUGCGACAAAGUCCAGAGCCACCCCGCUCGGUACCACCAGACCAGGGGAUCUCAAGCACAAAAACUGAAGAAGAUGCGAUUCAACUCGAGCUCGAGCGUGACUUUGAGGAAUUAAUGGCGGUCAAGCUUCGAGACGAGUUGGAAGAGUUGUAUGGGAUCCCAUACAUCAAAAUACCGGUGUUCCUUUCCUGCAUGCAACGGCUGAACAGUGUCCUCUUUUCAUUGGGCAUAUUCCUCCUCGCAGCCUCUGCAUACCUCCGUUCGCCUUUUUCCACAUCUACCCUCUUACCUUCUCCCGACAUAAUGCCUACUCUAAACGGGGAAUCAGAACAAAAUCAAACGAACAAAAGCCUCUUCAUCACCCUCCCCCUCUUGAUACUCAUCCACUUCGCCCUCUCCUCCCUCCACACACCGCUAGUCCUCCCGCAUCUCGGCGUACAUACAGUCGUCUACGCAGGGCUCCUCGUCUCUCUAGGGACAUUCUUUGCUGGGCUUGGUGUAUGGGAAGCCCUCUCAUAG